UAUCUACAAAUUAACCAAUGUCCAGUUGAGAUAGAUGAAACGUUUUAUGACAUUCGACAUUACCUUUGCGUGUCUAUUCUAAAAGUCAUCAUCUGGGCGAUUCAUCCUCAAGCUUAAAAAAGACAUUAUUACACCCAAAACAUACCCCCCUCCUCAAGAUUAGAUCAUUAAAGAUCCACCCUUGUACAUGGAUCAUUUUCUUUACCCAAAGGGGUCUAGAAUAAGGAGAAACAGUACUGCAGAUACUAAUACCAAAACUAACAUCAACACAUAGCAUCUGUGCGGUUAUAAGCAAAUCUUGAUAAGACCCUCAUUGGAUCAGGUGAGAAAAAGGCAAUAUAGAUCAGAGGAGUGAAUUCAAAUAUAGGCUCCAUAUUGGAUGAUCUUUUUUCUUCAGUAAGGCUGCAAGAAAGCCAGACCCCUGUGGUCAAAAAGUAGAUAAACACAUGUUGAAAACUUGGUAUUAGAUCAAUAAGUCUCUGCCUAUAAGCCAAUCUUUAUUGGGCACCCAUUGAAUAUUGUAGGUUAAAGCCAACACAACUGACACGUCAGGACUAUUCCACCAUGAUAAUAACAUGACAGACAUAUGGUCCAAAAAGGCAUUCAUACAAAAAUUCCCCAUGCUGCAUGAAGGAUGUGGAUCCCUAUACUCCAGGUGACAAUUAGUAAGGUCCAGACCCAUGAACUAAUCUUUUGUUUUAACCAUAUAUAAUUUGUGUCAGUUGUCUGUAUAUUUUUUUGAAGAGAAUCUUAUGCCCUAGACCAUAAACCUUCCCCCCCAUGGUCAUGUCCAUUGUCCACCCACAGGAAUUCUAAGGCAUCCCACAGGUAUUUUAAGGCACCCACAUGUAUUUUCUAUAGUUUCUCCACAAGCAUUACAACAUGGGAGGAGUACUGGUGAUAUGGCUCUUGCUCUUUGCCGGUGCUGUUGAGCUUUCUCUGGGAAUAUCCCAUGAAAUUCAUCUUCUCCGGCCACAGCUUGGCUCCAGUGGCCACCAUGUUCCGGGGCUUUCCUGCCUGAGUUGGAGACUUGGAGUGGAAGCACACAACAUCAUUGAGUGGUCAACUGUGCCACAGGCCUGUGAAAGCUAUGUGGGGCAUUACAUGCUCGGCCACCAGUACCGGAAAGACUCGAGAGCUGUGGUGUAUGAGGCACUUACUUAUGCUCAAAGCCUCAAGCUGGCCGUAGAUGGCAAGGACAUAUGGGUGUUUGAUGUAGAUGAGACUUCUCCCUCUAAUCUGCCUUACUAUGCUAAGCAUGGAUUCCGGGUUGAAGCAUACAAUUCCACACAAUUCAACAAUUGGGUCUAUGAGGGAAAGGCUCCGGCACUGCCAGAAAGUCUUAAGCUGUACAAGAAGUUGCUGUCUCUUGGGAUUAAAGCUGUAUUCAUAACAGGCAGGCCAGAGGCCCAAAGAAAUGUCACAGCAGCCAAUUUACGAAAUGUGGGAUAUCACACUUGGGAGAAGCUCAUACUCAAGGGAUCUUCGGCGGGUACAAUAGUUGUGUAUAAGUCAAAUGAAAGAAAAAAGUUAAAGAAGAGUGGAUACAGAAUAAUUGAUAAUAUUGGUGAUCAAUGGAGUGAUAUCUUAGGAACUAAUACCGAGAAUAGGACUUUUAAGUUGUCUAAUCCAAUGUACUAUAUCAGUUGA